GAAUCGUGGAGCUCCCAGCUACUCUGCUCCUGUUCCCACCAGCUCCCUCACUGAGGGGUUCAGCAGGCCAUGACAAAAGCCAAAAUAGAAAGAUAAAGAACAAAUAUUACAAGAUCUUGGAGGCAUCUGAGGUUUCAUGGGGACUUUCCAGCAUUCCAGACUGCUGCCCUGCAAUGAAGCUCUGAGUCACUGUCUUUGGGUCUAAGGUACUGGCUACAAUGUGGAACCCCAGAACAGCCAACCUGACUAACCUUCACUCUAAGCAGAAGCCCAAAAUAUGUCUGGCCUGAAAUCAGAGCAAGCACUCGAGAAAGACUUCUUUGUUAAUGGAAAGAGGAAAGGAGAAAAGGGUUUCCAACACGUUGCAACAGUCUUUCCACCUUUCUGAAGAGCCCACCUUCCUUAUAAACCAAGCUGUUCUAUCUAGUGCAUCCCAUUCUAGCUUUUUGCCAGAAAUAGAGCAUGUCAAUCCUGGUGAAAAAAUAAAGACGAACCCUCAGAAAAAUAGACCUGGAACUGUAAUACUCCUAAAACGGUCCAGUAGGAGGAUUAUGUCGGAAAGUCAGCCCAGCCCCCCUGUGAUCCCAUCUCGCAGGCCCGGGUUCCAGGUGUGCUAUAUUUGUGGCCGAGAAUUUGGGUCCCAAUCGCUUGGCAUUCACGAGCCCCAGUGCUUGGAGAAGUGGCGUACUGAAAACAGCAAGUUGCCCAAGCACCUGAGGAGGCCAGAACCUUCCAAACCACUGCCUCUCAGUGGAAGUGGAUCCUACAAUCUUCAGGCAGCAUUCCAGAGUUCCCAGGCUCAGCUGCUGCCCUGUGAAUCCUGUGGCCGCAAGUUCUUGCCAGAUCGGCUUCUUGUUCAUCAGAGAAGCUGCAAGCCGAAGGGUGAGGGGCCCAGGGCACCAAACCCCAACAGUUCUGAUAAUCUUGCUGCUCUCAAGAAAGCUUCUGGUGGCAUCCCAACCCGACCAAGGGCUCUCAUCUGCUACGUUUGUGGUAGGGAAUUUGGCACUCUGUCUCUUCCUAUACAUCAGCCCAAAUGCCUGGAAAAGUGGAAAAUAGAAAAUGACCGGCUCCCCAGGGAGUUCUGCCAGCCACUACCGCGGAAGCCUCAGCCCCUUCCAACUGGACAGUCCAACCAAGAGGGGCCGAGUCAAGCUCAGCUCGUACCCUGCCCAAAUUGUAGCCGUACCUUUGCCCCUGACAGCCUUCUGGUACACCAGAGAAGUUGUACAGCUCAACCUAGUGGGCCAAAAGUUCAGGAUUUGACAUUAUGGAGUAAAGGUGGCCUCAAAGAGUCCACUAAUUCCAAGCAGCAAAGGAACAUGGCAGUACCCACUGUGACUGAUAAGCCAACAAUGAAAAGGCAUCCACCAACAGUUGUUUGCUACAUUUGUGGUCGUGAAUAUGGAACAAAAUCAAUUUUCAUCCAUGAGCCACAAUGUCUGAAAAAAUGGCAUAACGAAAACAACUUGUUGCCUAAAGAGCUAAGGAGACCAGAACCGAAAAAGCCAGAAGUCAGGACCAUUACUGCCAAGGGUUUCUAUGAUCUUGAUGCCUUAAACGAAGCUGCUUGGACAAGUGCCCAGAGCCAGUUGGUUCCCUGUAAUAUUUGUGGGCGUACCUUCCUGCCAGACAGACUGAUUGUUCACCAACGAUCCUGUAAACCAAAAGUCGCCAAGUAAAGCCCUUUCUCCCUACGAAAUAGUU